AUGGUGCUUCCCUGUGGGUUUACGUUAGGGUCCCACAUGACGGUUGUGGGGAAACCGAGGUUGGCUCAUGCUGAGACCGACCCGAAAAUUUCUUUGCUGAAGGAGGGACAGUAUGUGAUGGUUUCGCAGUUUAUGAUGGAGUUGCAGGGUUUGAAGACAGUGGAGGACGAGGAUCCUCCGAGGAUUUUGCAUCUUAACCCGAGGCUAAAAGGGGAUUGGAGCGGAAAGCCGGUGAUCGAGCACAACACGUGUUACAGAAUGCAAUGGGGAACUUCUCAGAGGUGCGAAGGCUGGAAAUCUCGUGCCGAUGAGGAGACUGUUGAUGACAUGGUGAAAUGUGAAAAGUGGAUACGGGAUGAUGAUAAUGGCUCGGAGGAAUCAAAGGCGACAUGGUGGCUAAACCGACUAAUUGGACGAACUAAAAAAGUGACUGUUGAUUGGCCGUUUCCUUUUGCUGAAGGCAAACUGUUUGUGCUCACUCUAAGUGCUGGUCUUGAAGGUUACCAUGUCAACAUUGAUGGAAGACAUGUCACUUCAUUUCCAUAUCGCACUGGAUUCACCCUUGAGGAUGCCACUGGAUUAUCGUUAAAUGGAGAUAUCGAUGUUCAUUCUAUAUUUGCUGGUUCCUUGCCCACAUCACACCCGAGUUUUGCUCCUCAGAGGCAUCUCGAUUUGUCCGAAGAAUGGAAAGCUCCUCCUAUCCCAUCCGGGCCCGUUGAACUCUUCAUCGGUAUUCUUUCUGCAGGCAGCCACUUUGCAGAAAGAAUGGCUGUGAGGAAAUCUUGGAUGCAGCACAAGCUAAUUAAAUCAUCAAAAGUUGUCGUGCGUUUUUUUGUCGCUUUGAAUGCAAGGAAGGAAGUGAAUACAGAAGUAAAGAGAGAGGCUGAGUUUUUUGGAGAUGUCAUUAUAGUGCCAUACAUGGACAACUACGACCUUGUUGUUCUCAAAACUGUAGCCAUAUUUGAAUAUGGGGUGCGGAGUAUAUCGGCUAAGUAUAUUAUGAAAGGUGAUGAUGACACAUUUGUGAGAGUAGAUGCUAUUCUUAACGAAGCAAAGAAAGUUCGAGAGGGCAAGAGCUUAUAUAUUGGAAAUAUAAAUUACUAUCAUAAGCCUUUGCGCAGUGGUAAAUGGGCCGUCACAUACGAGGAAUGGCCAGAGGAAGAAUAUCCACCCUACGCAAACGGGCCGGGCUACAUCGUCUCAUCCGACAUUGCAAACUUUAUUCUUUCCGACUUUGAGAAACAAAAUUUAAGGUUGUUUAAAAUGGAAGAUGUUAGUGUGGGAAUGUGGGUGGAGAAAGUAAAUAGCACAAGGCCCGUUGAGUACGUACAUAGCCUGAAAUUCUGCCAGUUCGGAUGCAUAGAAGACUACACAACGGCUCAUUACCAAUCCCCAAGACAAAUGAUCUGUCUUUGGAACAAGUUAAAGCAUCUAGGAAAGCCCUCGUGUUGCAAUGUCAGGUGA